GUUGCAUCAGCACGAGAUUGGAAGUGCGUCAAAUCUGUACAGCAUUGUUACGUCAUCACUGAUAAACGUUGAAACUGAUGAGAAACCGCGGGAGCAGUUCAGUGAUUCUCGCUAGUGCUGGAGGAGCGUUCAUUUUGGCAAGGAAAUGUACUGAUUUUGCAAGGACAUGGAGAAUAAAGAGUUCAAGGAGUCAGAGGUCAGUGGGAAUGACCUCACCCUCAUAGACCUGGAUGACCCCAUCAAUGACGGUGAUGUUAUGAAGGAAGACAGAUCUGAUAAAGAUCACAGAGAGGUUGAGAGACAGACCACGUUGGAAGAGGCUGUUCUAGAGACAGAUAUCCAAACUCUGUCACUAGAGGCUGAAGGAGAGAUUGAGAUGCAGGAGGCUGAUCUGAAGACAGAUGGCACGUCUCAGUCACAGAAGGUUGAAGGAGAGAUUGAGUUGGACGAGGCUGUUGCCAUCCCACCUCAGUCACAGGAGGUUGAAGGAGAGAGUGAGUUGGACGAUGCUGUUGCCAUCCCACCUCAGUCACAGGAGGUUGAAGGAGAGAGUGAGUUGGACGAGGCUGUUGCCAUCCCACCUCAGUCACAGGAGGUUGAAGGAGAGAGUGAGUUGGACGAUGCUGUUGCCAUCCCACCUCAGUCACAGGAGGUUGAAGGAGAGAGUGAGUUGGACGAGGCUGUUGCCAUCCCACCUCAGUCACAGGAGGUUGAAGGAGAGAGUGAGUUGGACGAUGCUGUUGCCAUCCCACCUCAGUCACAGGAGGUUGAAGGAGAGAGUGAGUUGGACGAGGCUGUUGCCAUCCCAUCUCAGUCACAGAAGGUUGAAGGAGAGAUUGAGUUGGACGAUGCUGUUGCCAUCCCACCUCAGUCACAGGAGGUUGAAGGAGAGAGUGAGUUGGACGAUGCUGUUGCCAUCCCACCUCAGUCACAGGAGGUUGAAGGAGAGAGUGAGUUGGACGAGGCUGUUGCCAUCCCAUCUCAGUCACAGAAGGUUGAAGGAGAGAUUGAGUUGGACGAUGCUGUUGCCAUCCCAUCUCAGUCACAGAAGGUUGAAGGAGAGAUUGAGUUGGACGAGGCUGUUGCCAUCCCAUCUCAGUCACAGGAGGAGGCCAAAGGUGAGAGUGAGUUGAAUCAGGUUGAUCUGAAGACAGCCACAUCAACUCUGACACUGGAGGUCGAAGGAGAGAGUGUGAUGCAGGAGAGUGAUGAUCUACAAACAGCCGGGACAUCUCAAUCCCAAGAGACUGAACGAGUGGCAAAGGCUGCAGCCUCCCAGACCAGCCUCACCCUUAGCAGGGGAAAGAGAAGCUGCCCAGACCUACACACCUUUGUGCAGGACAUGAAGGAUGGCCAUUGGAAUCUGCUGAGUGAGAAUAUGUGCGCCGGGGUGAGUUAUAGUCACUUCUAAAGUAGUUCAUGUUGGUAAGAUGGACCAAAC